CGCGGCAAAGCCCCGCCCCCUGGGGGCUGCAGGAAGGCUCUGCGCGCGGCUUUUGGGAGGCGGGGCUGGCUGAGCUCGCGGUCCGGAGGCGGCGGGCUCUCCGCACCCGCUCUCCCUCUCCACGCAACCCUCACGGCUCUGGCUGGGGGGGUUCUGCUGGUGGCCGGAUUCCCUGGUGAGUAGCUGGAAGAUUCAGGACUCCGCCAGACGCGGCUGCGGCGGCUAAACACUUGCCAUUUUGGAGUUUAAAGUAUGUCAUCAUGGCCAAAUUUCGAAGAAGGACUUGCAUCAUUUUGUCACUUUUUAUUCUAUUUAUUUUCUCCCUGAUGAUGGGUUUAAAAAUGCUGAGACCAAGUAAAGCUACUUUUGGAGAUCCUUUUGGACUUGAACUUCUUCCAGAACUUCAUCAACAGACUCACUUAGGGAAAAACCUUGAUUCCAAAAACAAUGACAAAAUCAAGAGUGAAACAAAUGUCAAGAUUUUAAAAAGUGUUGAAAUCACUGUGAGAGCUUCCAAAGCCUCCGAACCUUACCUGGAAGAGCUGCAACCUCUGAAUUAUUAUUUACAUGUCUUUUAUUAUAGUUGGUAUGGAAAUCCACAAUUUGAUGGUAAAUAUGUUCAUUGGAACCAUCCAAUCCUGAAGCAUUGGGACCCUAGAAUAACCAAGAAUUAUCCACAAGGGAAACAUAAUCCCCCGGAUGACAUUGGCUCCAGCUUUUACCCUGAGUUGGGAAUUUACAGCUCUCGGGAUCCUUCUGUCAUUGAAACUCACAUGAAACAGAUGUACUCAGCUUCAAUUGGUGUACUAGCCCUAUCUUGGUAUCCACCUGGUACAAAUGAUGAGAAUGGAGAAAAUACUGAUGAUUUGGUACCAACUAUUUUGGAUAAAGCUCAUAAAUAUAAUCUGAAGCUGUCAUUUGCCAUGUCCCCCUAUAAAAACAAAAACACACAAACCCAAAAACAAAAACCCAGAAACAUCAGCUACUAUAUAGACAGGUAUGGAAAUCAUCCAGCCUUUUACAGGUACAAAACUAAAACCGGCAAUGCCCUUCCUAUGUUCUAUAUCUAUGAUUCCUAUAUCACAAAGCCUGAAAAAUGGGCCAAUCUGUUAACCGCCACAGGGUCUCAGAGCAUUCGCAAUUCUCCUUAUGAUGGACUGUUCAUUGCACUUCUGGUAGAAAGCAAACAUCGGUAUGAUAUUCUACAAGGGGGUUUUGAUGGAAUUUACACAUAUUUUGCCACAAAUGGCUUUACUUACGGCUCAUCCUAUGAGAACUGGGCUAGGCUAAAAUUUUUUUGCGAUCAGUUCAACCUCCUGUUUAUCCCAAGUGUGGGCCCAGGUUACAUAGAUACCAGCAUCCGUCCAUGGAAUGCUCAAAACACUCGGAACCGAAUCAGCGGGAAGUACUAUGAAACUGCCCUGGGCGCCGCACUCCAUGCCCACCCCAGUGUAAUUUCCAUCACCUCUUUUAAUGAGUGGCAUGAAGGCACUCAGAUUGAAAAAGCUGUUCCCAAAAGAACCAGUAAUAUGGUAUACCUGGAUUACCGGCCACAUAAACCAAGUCUUUAUCUAGAACUAACUCGUAAAUGGUCUGAAAAAUACAGUAAGGAAAGAGCCGCUUAUGCAGUCGAUCAUGAGCUGCCUCUUUCUUAAAUGCGUUUAUAAUUAGAGAAAGCAAUAAAUGUUUUUUGAGUUAUAGAAAUAGUAUACACUGACCUUAAAAGAAUUUGUCCUUUUUUAAAAAUGGUAAUACCAUUGCCACCCUUCACAAUGCUGCGCUGAAAAAGGUUGUGCAUAAUUUGUCGAAUUUGACGACAGUUGAAAUUCUACUCUGAUAACUAAUUUUUAUUUCCCAGUAAAUGCUUGUGUUCCAUAAUUAGUGCACCGUUACAUCCAACUUGUAUUCUGGGCCCAAAGAAAUAGAUUGUAUGCAUUUAGGAAAAUAAGACCUAAACGAUAGUGUACAUGUUUCAUUUGAUUUUUUUUCAGUGACUUAGUCAUCCAGAGUCUGAACACUAAAGUCUCCAAUAAAAAGGAAAAUAUAAUCAUUCUUACUGUGAAUCCUGUUGUGUGAGGAAGGCCUGCUUUCUGAACCACAGUAUGCAUCAUCCUUUGAGGAUUUUUCAUAAACCAUAGCACACUUGGUGUUUGUCUGAUUCACAAUGCUGAAUUCCAGAGUUUAGAAGCUGUGGAAAGUUGUCUUAUAAAAGUUAACAAUUCUUAGUUAUUAAGAAAACAUACAUCACAAUUGUUAUUCAUGUUUUAAAAAUUCAAUGUUAAUCAGGGACCAACUGUUACUAUCAGAUUUUUUUUCUUCCCUAUCAUUGGGUUUCCUUCUUCAUGUUUUAAGCUAUUUUUACCAAAAUAGAGAAAAUUUUAAGGCCAUGGAAAUGAAAAUUCUUCUAUAUCUUAAAUCCGUGCCUAAGUUUCACUCUUAACAUCCCCAUGGAAAAGCACCAUACUUUCAUGGCACCUAUCACAUUUAAUGCUUGUUAUCAGUUGUCAUAUUGUGACAAAUUAAUCUACCUGUAUGGUAACAAGGAAUCUUGUUGAUAACAGAGUAUAUGUUAUCCUCCAGUUCUUAUAGUUAAUAUUUAUAACUAAAACUAGACUAAAAAUUAUAUGCUAUUACAUGAACAUUAUUUCUUAUUAAAUUUAAAUAAAAGCAAUUGGGCAGUCCUAAUCAAAAAUACAUAAAUCUUCAGAGUUUAGAGACACUCAUUCAGAAGUAAAGUAACAGUAGAAUUUAUCAGAAAAUAGCCCAUCAGGUGAUGAAAUUUAAUCAUUGAUUUUGGAAUAAAUUUUCUUUAAAAAGAGGUAUAAUUAGUAUUAAACUUUAUUUGCCAUUUUUCAGAAUGAUCAGACCAUGAGAAAUUAGUACAAUAGUAGUAAUCCAAUUUCUACAGGAAAUAAUAAAUCACUAUAAUGAUAUAAGCAAGCAUCUUCAUAGGAACACUCAUACAGAUAGAACCUGUGGAUUCUUUUUUUCUUAUAUUCAGUUAGCCACUGUAGGCUAUCAUAGGGAUGAAUUCUAAAUAUGUCAUGCCUAAUAAUCGCACUGUAUUAAAUUUUGAAGAACUACUACAGAGGAGUUUCUGUCCUUGUUUAUACUGUAUAGUUGAACCUACGGCAAUGGAAAAUUUUAUGAACUGGUUCUGAAAUUAAAGGAAAGUGUGUACAAACAAGGUCAACAGUUAAUCCUCAACACAAAUAUCACCACUUCCAUCGUGCUCUCAGUGUAGACCUAGAUAAUUGACAACAUGCUUUACCUUUGAACUUCACCCCAACCAGCCAGCAACAAUCAGACUUCAAAGUAAGAAAAAACAGGUUCCAUCUUCAGUGCAGAAAGUUAUUCUCAAGGGAAAAAUGUUUGGAAUCUGAUCUAAUAAUGGCUUAAGAAUUUAUAUGACUAUCAUGUGUUUUUUUCACCCGUUUAAAAAAACAAUAAUCAGGAAGAGUCAUCUCCAAUAAUUUUAUUCUCAAGAAUGCUCUCAAAACCUUCCUCAGGUAUUCAUUACAGCUGCCUUCAUCAUUUGACUUAUAUCAUUAUUAUCACAAGAAGAGCAAAGAACUGAUUGCCUAAUUGUAUAGGUGUAAAUUAUUCAGUAAAACUUAAACAGUGUAAUAUGCAAUGCAUGAAUCAUAAUUCUUUUAUGGUUUAAUCAGUCUCGACUAUAUAGGAAAAUCUUUGUUUUAUUGUCCCUUUAAGGACUAAUAUUGUCAAACUGCUGUUAUUAAUGUUUAAGUUGUACAUUCUUUUGUUUUGAAGUAAUUAAAAAUGGACUAUUUUGUUAUAUUGUUUUAUUUAAUAAAAGUGUACAUGAAAUAGUAUAUCUUAUAUAUAUAAAAAUGUGCUUUCUACUUAUGAAAUAAUUUAACAGUUGAAAGUAGUAUACAUUCAGCAUUUUAUAUUUUGUUUGAGAUAUGCAGCACUUACAGUCUAUCUUUAGCAAAUUCACACAUUUAAAAUGUAUAUGCGGUUAAACACCUUUUUUUUAAUUUGGGAGAUUUUUUAUUAUUACUCUUUGGGCAUAGUCCUGUUCUCUUUUAAGAAAUUGAUCUUACCCUUACAAGCUCCCAAGUUUAUAACCAUGCACUUUUUCAAACUGACCACUCAGUUUAAACACAACAGUGCCUACAGAAACAGCUCUUAACGCUCUGUAUCUCAAACACCCUCAUGUCCCAUAGUAUAGAUGCAACACUUUAUGACCAGCAGAAGUCCAGUUACUUUCACAAAUAUCUACAAUUUCAAAAUGGAAAAUGGAUGUAGCCACAAGCAGAACAAUUUUUGGGCUCAGAUGUUCUCUUUUUAAAAAAUAUACUCCAAAGUACAUUUUAUACUGACUUUGUUACAAGUCCACAUAAAGUCUAAAUGUUAUUGUAGACUGUAAAAUUAUCAUUGAGAAUUCAGGUGCUACAUUGGCUUGAUUACAGAGACUCCCUUAUCUUUAGCCCAAAGACCUUAGGUGAAAUAUAAGCACUACUACUAUUUGUGAAGAGAAGAACAUUUUUCAAUGUGAUUAGUUUUUGUUGGUUUUACAUAAUUCGUGAUAUCAAAAGAAUUUAAAGAUUAGCAAGCAAAUGGUCAUAGAUCUAAAAUUUACUGAAAUUAAAACAUAGUAGCACUUUUUAGACUUCAUUUCAAAGCAUCUUAUAUAUUAAAUUGUAAAAAGACAUUAACCACAAAUAUAACCAUAAAGAUAAAGAGCCUUUCAGAAAAUACCCCAGGAAAUAAAUGUUUCAUGACAUAAAACAAUGGUGUACUAUUAUAAUUCUAUAUACAAUUCAACUUACGGUAUAUGAUUGUGUCACCAUGCUUUGUUUUUAUUUUUUGAAAGAAUUGGUUAAAAAUCCAGGCAAAGAUUAUUGUAAACAACAUAAAGUGUCACUCUUUAGCUAUUCAAUCACAUUUAAAAUACAUUACAAUUAUAUUCAUGCAUAAAAGUAUGUUUGAAUCAGUUUUACAAAAGUCAUUAUGAAAACGCUAUCACUGUUUUGCUAAUAUCUAAUGUAAUGUGAUCUUUAUCCUCAUUUUGAAAAUUCAAAAAAUAUUUAGAAGAAAUUCAGUUGCAAUAAAUGCAAUAAAGUUUAGAAAUUUAUAUAUUUAAACAGUCACCUAAAUGUAGUGUGCCAGAACUAUUUUGUAUGUAGUAAUUUAUUUUGAAGGCUGCCAUUCUAUAUAUUGUUUUUUAAUUACUUAGAUUCACUAGCCAUGUGGUACACUAUUAAACCAUUAAUAUUAAGCUAAUCUCUGGCAUCCUGUAAAAUAUUAACUGUAAAUCUGCUAAAUUCUUACUUGAAAAUUGGUGUUAUAUUUAAAGUACAUUCUUGAAAAGUAUGCUCUUGACUUUUUAGGCAUCUUGUAAAAAAUGUUGAAUGAGAAUCAUUUUAUCAGUAAGUAGUUGAGCUCAAACUCUGUUUUAUUUUUCCUCAUGAGUAUUAUGUAUUUUUAGCUAAAGACUUAAUCUCCAAAUAAAAUAUUCUUUUAAGGUA